AAAAGAAUUUAAUAAAAAAAAAUAAGAAAAAGAGGAUUAGUUAUGAAUCUCUUUCCUUUUCACUCCCACUAGUUAGUAGUCAAGCUGAAAUUCUGAGAGCAAACAGGAACUGGCAAAGCAAAUACUUUGGGGCCAGCACUGCAGCCCAGGCCUCACUGGGAGGCAGAAUUAUGUAGGCUUGUUUGUUCAACUAUCAAAUGGGGGUGGGAUGGGGAGGAGACCAGGCAAGGCCUGCCCCGCUGGGGAUGGGAUUGGUUCCUUCUCUCCCCUCCGUUCUUUAGGCAUCUGGGUUGGACAGGUUGAGAGAAACAUGUCAUUAAGGUGUUGUCAAAGUGAGCCCUGUAGGUGUGGGCCGCUCCCGACGUUUGUGGUUUUAGAUUUUCAAAGGGGAGGACUUACUGGCUACGGGAUCAAGUUCGUGAAACUAGUCUUCAGCGUCUUGAAAAAUGCCACCGUAACAGGAGGCGCCUAGGAGCUUAAGUGUAACAUACACAAAGUACAGAAAAUGACGAAAGCUCCUCAGGGGUUUGAUUUCAGUUUCUUAAAUGAGGAAGAAGCCAGGAAGAUCCUUCAGGUGCUGGAAAGAAAUGAGAAACUACAAAGGGCAGAGAAGGACAGGAUCAGCAAACUUCAGAAGACAAAGAGGGAUAUCAGAUGGCUUCAAGGAGUGACUGGUGAAUGGUUUGAAGAAAUUCAAAGAAAAAAGUUUUGCAAUGAAACAGAUGUUAGUCAAAUGUUCAAACAACCACUGAUGUACAGGCUAAGGAAGGAGAUGGCAAAAAAGGAUCCUAUGGAAUUACAAACAUCAAGAUCUAAUAAUGUAACUAAUCGAAAAACCCCAACAUCUGUUCCUUCUCAGCUGAGCUUCAGAUCAUCAUUCACUUCCCUGUUUUCAUUCAGAAAACCUGGGAGAGACUCUUUAAAGCUUCAAUCACUGGGACAGAAAGGGUGUGAUGGCCAGGAAGAACCUCCUGUGUCUGUGAGGGGAACCACUGUGGAGAGAAAAAUAUACAAUUCAUCUCUAAAACAUCAACCAGUUGACAGUGCAUUUGUCCCCAAGCCAGCAAUCAUGAGGGAAGGAAGUGGCAUGCCUCCUCCAUGGGAAGUUUCCAUGCUAGAGAAUGAGUUUUUCCAAGUUUUAGAUGAUUUGGAUAGCACACUGGCUCGGGAACAAUUUGCAAGCUCAGUGAAUACCAGCAUGCCCCACAACUAUGAAUCAAGAACACAGUUCAGUCAUUCUUACUCCACUGGGAACAGGCAUGGUAAUAUCACUGGAAGGCAUAAAAAUCGCUAUAAUGAAACUUCCAAAAUGUCAAUUUAUGACAUCCUCAGACCAGGAACUCCUAGGGAAGGUUUUAAAACCUUUUCUCCUCGAACGAUGACAAUUUAUGAUAUGUACAGGACAAGGGAGCCCAGAGUCUUAAAAGAAGAUUAUGCACAAAAGAAUACUUUUGGCAGUACUUCUUUGUGUUUUGACAGCAGGCAACGAUCAGCCUCAGCAGCCACAAGGCAUUUCACAGCAAGAAGCUUACAUUUUCCAGCUGCAACUCAGAGCAAGAGUAGAUUUAUACCACCAAGCUACCAGCACAGCCCAAAGAGAACUCCAUUAUCAUCCAUCAUCUGGAAUAGAUCAGAUUCUUCUAGAGAUAGGCAGAACCAGGAAGAGUUUCUGAGGGCACCAUUGCCAAUGGAAAUUGACUCUGCAGACCAGUGUGUGAACCCCAGGUAUUUUCAAGGAAAUAGUAGAUAUGAAUUGUACAAUUCACAAAAUGUUUACCAAAGUGUUCAUAUAAAUGCUCCCAUGGAUAAUGCAGUGAAUUCUGACACUUUUGAGAACUCAGAGAAUAUGCCAUUCUAUCAUCAAGACAACCCAUUUGCUAGCUCUUUCUUUAGUAGAACCUUUAGACAAAGCAGAGAACAGCAGUUUGGACAAAGUUCUUUCUGGGGUCAUCAGGAAGAACAUUUUUCUUGGUCUGACUUUCAUCAAAGCAGAAAGCCAUUCAUUUAUUCUGACAGAGACUUUGAAAUGAUUUCCAUUGAAGCAAAUAGAGCACCCGCUGCUCAUGGCCACAGAGUCCCUUUUCAACACUCGGAGCCAUUUUCUCCUGGUUAUAGAACAAAUGUUUUCAGGGAGCAAGAAGAGCCACAUCCCUUGCAGUCUGACUUUCAUACACCCCCAUUGGGGAGCAUGGAGAUAUCACACAUUGCAAACCAAUUGACUCCUCAUAUUGACACACAAAAUAUUUGCUCCAUGAUUGGUUCAAGCUAUCACAUCAAAUCUAGUGGUUUAGAGUACCAACAAGAUAGUUCUCCUAUAGAAAUACAUAUAAACAAAGAACCUUAUUCAUCAAGACUUGCUCAGACUCUAGAAUCCUCAUCCAGAGCUUCCUUCCCCCAGAUUCCUGAUGACAAAGGGAAUUCUCAGAGUCCCACUUCUCUGAAUUCCCCAAUCACUUUGCAGAAAGCUAUUCCCAACAAACCAGAUUCCUUGCCAGUAGGAAGCCAUACAGAAGUUACUAUGACCUAUAGCAAUUCAACUGAUCCUCCACCUGUUGCUGAAACCCAGCUCAAUACCUUGGUCACGGAAAUGAAUAAUGAGAAAGACUCAACUGAAUCUAUUUUAGAAGACAAACAGCUAAACAAGAUGGACCAGACAGACCUGACAGGUGAAAUACCUGAACCUGUUUCACAGACUGACAGACAGACAGACCCUUUACCUGAUUUUCAAAAUCCCUUCUCCCAAGACCCAACCAAAAACGACAAGUUUAAUUUUAAUGCAUCUACCACAGUAAGUUCAAAGGGGUCACUGAAAGGCUUUUCCAGGAAGGACACCUCCAAAAUGUGUAUCUCGUACAGAGAUAAACCCAAUGAACUUAAAAAAAAUAAGAGUUUUCCUGGGAACAGGAAACUUAAUUCAGCAGCUUCCCUUCUUUUCACUCAGAAAAGCAGAAUAUCACCAUCUUUCCCCAGCCCAGAUCGAAGUUGUCACCAGGAAUUAACAGUAAGUAAUGAAGAUCUUUCAGACAUUGUUAAAAAUAACUCCUGGCACUCUGAACCUCUGGACAAUCAAAAUACAGAAUUUCCAGAGGAGGCAGCUAAUUUAGGUCCUGAAGGAGAACAAAGUUCCACAACUCAUUCUACCAACUGCAACAAACUGGUUGCCAGGCACACUAUCCCAUGUGAUUCUCUAGAUCUAUCAAGAAUACCACCAGAUUCCUCACUAUCAAAUGAUGCUUUCUUUGAUGCUUUUGUGAUUCCUUCCACCACAGUGUUCUCUGGGAGAAGCCCAUCAGACAAAGAUCCAUCUUUAGGAGAAAGAGAAGAAAAAUAUAAUGCUAGCAAGAACCAAAAUAAUCAAUUUGCUACAAGCUCCUUAGAAAGCCAAAAGAGUAAUGAUAGUCAUAUACCUAUAAAUGAUGACGUUCAUGAUGUCAUCACAUGCCAUUCCUACUCUCCUUUCAAAAGUGGAAGGGGAAAAGGAAGAAUAAGACGUCACAUAUCUUAUAUUGAAAAGUUAACCAGAAUGGAUAGUACAUCAGUACCCACAACUGAAGGCAGUAGCCUCAUUGAGGAGAAUCAAAGCAAAUCCAAACCUUCUGAACUUAACACAAUUUAUUGUACCUUGCCAAGAAAAUCACCCAGUUGUCUCAUAAGUGGCAGGCAGCCAGGAAUUAAGAUAAAGGCUUCUUCAAUUAGGAAUGGGCCACCUCCAUUCCAAAUCAAAAAUAACAUGGAUGAUCUAGUUGAAAAGUACAUAUCAAAUGAAUUCAGUCCCACUUCUCCUGAGUCAAUGAGUAAAUGUUCCAAAGUUGUUUCAGAUUCAGCCUCGGUCGCAUCUAAAGCCACAUCGACGAUGACAAGUGUCAAAGUUGUUAGACCUACUUCUGUUAGGAAAGGACCUCUACCAUUCCUCAUCCAGAGAGCUAAGUCAUGUCCUUUAGGAGAGCCAUGGGCCUCAUCUGGAAGAGAAGACAGAAAAAAAUCACUGGUCUCAGACACAGAUGCUUCUGUUGUGACACUGAAGCCUUGGGAAAGAAUCAUUAACCCUCUGGAAAGUAACUCAUCUAUUAGAGAUGGCCAAAAGGAAUUCUCUCAAGAAUGCACUGAACAGGAUGGUGAAAUUGCUGCCUCUGGGACAAGUGUAGCUACUCUUUCAGAUGAAGACCCUUUACCGUUUUGUGCAGAGGUGUCAGAAAAAGAAAGCAGGAAAACAUUACAUAAAUUUAAGACUACUAGUAUGUUUUCUGUUUCUGGUGAUGAAGAUAAUGUAAAGUGUCUCGAGGUGGUUUCAAUAUAUUAUACACUACCAAGGAAACCUAGCAAAAAAUUUUGUGACCUCCUUCAACAAUAUACACAAAAUACCAAUUCACUUAGAGAAUCACUUCAGGCAGACACUGAAACAUUUCCUAAUGCUUUAGAAGAAGACAAAGUAAAUUAUUCUACACAAGAGCAGUCAGGAACAUCUUCAUCCGAAGAUCUAAAAAUACUGGUCAGCUCUACUCAGUCUUGUCUUUCUCACACCACUGAAAAUAUGGCUGUUUUACAGUCACCAAAUAGGGGGUCCUCAGGGCCUUCAUUACAGGAAAUGACUUGUGUUUCCCUUCAUAAAGGAGAAUCUAAGACCAGAGAGCUUUCUUCACAUAACUUAGCUAAAACACCUCCAGGUAUUCCACAAAGCCAGAAAGAGUGGGGAGAAACAUGGAAAAGUGAAGCCCUACAUGCCUCAUUAAUGCUUCAGGAUAAAAGUGCCACAGAAGAAAAAUCUAAAGAUUGUCAACAAUCUGUAAAUGCAGGAAAUAGUUGUCUCUUGGGUCUUCCAGCCCAUUCUAAAGAUAAUAAUGAAAAUUCACAAACUGGAAGAAGUUCUGGCGAGUAUGUAGGUAGUGGUACAGGCAUUAUAUCUACUGAAAGUAGAAAUUGGCCUCAGAAAGAUCACACAGCCAUAACUAUACAUGAUAACUCCAGUGGAUCACAGCCUAUGGAAGUCAGAACUGGAACAGAGUGCCAAAAAAUGAUUGACAAAAUUCUUUCUGACUCAGAAAGCCAAGCCAUUGUUCCCCCUCCAGCACUGCAUAAACUACAGUUUGUUGACAAGACUCAAUCAGGUGAACCAGCUUUAGAAAGUUUACAGUCUGAACCCGGGAAAUUACCUCAAGGAAGGCAGAAAGUAAAUGUAACAGAGAGCAGGAGGGUCAAAGAUGAAAUGCAGAAGUUGGCAUGGGAUCGAACAUUACAUGCUGGAGGAAAUAAUAAACAUAAUACCAACUUGGAUGACCUAGAAAAAGGAGAAAACAGAUCUUCAGUUAAACAUGGAUUUUCAGCCACAUCUAAAGCCAGCAGAAAAUUCCCAGCUAAGGAUUUAAGCCCUCGAAGACACAUAGCUAGUAUUUUCUCCAAAAGUGGGAGCAAAUCUGACUUUGGCCGCUUAUCUGUUGGCAGACAGGAAGGCAGCUCACUAGCUCCUGAACCAACUCCAAAGUCCACAGAAGCCACAGAUGAAGACAGUUUGAGUAAUGAUAGAAUGAAUAUGAAGGCUACUGAAAUAUCCAACAGAGAAACUUCUAGACACUCCUGUAAUCAGAAGCCUAACAGCAUUUCAAAGCUACAUCAGAAUGAACUCAAUGUCUCAGAAUCACCACCAAAGCAUGAGAAUUUUAAAAGUGCAACAGUAGCUGAGGAAAGAGAGUCAGGAACCCCAGCCCAGCUGACAUUCACCAGCCUCAGGGAAGCAGACAUCUCUGACCAUCAGAGAAGGCUGAGCCCUCCUUUUCCUUUGGAGCUUCCACAGAAAUCUCCAUUAAGUGUCUCACUGUCCAGUUGUCAGCAGCAACAAGGGAGAGAUUUGUUUCUGGAGUGGGAACAUGAGCCUCACCUCUAUCGAUCGAAGAGUUUAAAAAGCAUCAAUGUGCAUAGUGAUCUGCCACACAAAAGUCAUCCUCCCAAAGUCAGGGAGCGCCAUUUUUCUGAAAGCACUUCUAUUGACAAUGCCCUAAGUCAACUGACCCUUGGGGGUGAACUCUCUAACAAUAAUGGGUACAGUCGAAGAUUUAAAUCUUUUUCUGAACUUCCUUCCUGUGAUGAAAGUGAAAACUGGGCUUUGUAUAGCAGCAAAGCAAAAACAGGUCCCAAGUCUGCAUCAUCUAUAUCCAGACCUAUUGACUAUGGGAUUUUUGGGAAAGAACAACAGUUGGCUUUCUUGGAGAAUGUAAAGCGGUCACUCACACAAGGAAGAUUAUGGAAACCAAGUUUUCUUAAGAACCCUGGCUUCCUAAAAGAUGAUGUAAUUAGAUCUUCCAACCCUUCAGAGUCGUUAAGCUUAAAUUCUCCUAGCAGUCAGGUGCCAGAAGAUAGCUUAAGUCCAAAUGAGCAGCUUAAUAUCUAUAAGGAGGACCCAGUGGACUCAGAUUAUGAUACAGACACAACCACAGAUGAUGAAUACUACCUGAAUGAAAAUGACAAAGAGUCAGAACUGUGAAGCUUUGUCAAAAGGUCCAUAAUGCGUUGCAUUUUGUUUUUCAUCAAAAGCUUAUAGCAGAAUCCGGGUGUGGUGGCGCACACCUAUGAUCCCAGCUCUCAGGAGGCUGAGGCAGGAAGAUCACUGAGAGUUAGAGGCCAGCCUCGGCUAUAUAGUGAGUUCAGGGUCAGCAUGAACCACAAAGGGAAACUCUGCCUCAAAAAACAAAACAAACCAGGGCUGGGGAUUUAGCUCAGUGGUUCUGCUGCCUGCCUCGCAAGUGCAAGGUCCCGAGUUCAAUCCCUGAUACCAAAAAAACCAAACAAACAAAAGAAACCAAACAAACAAACAAAGCUUAUAGUAGAAAUAGUGUGAAUUUGAAUGUCUAUGGGAAGACAGAUUUUAAAAAGCUCUAGUACAGGUAGUAUCUGCACCAAAACAACUCAUUUUUUCCUCCAUGCCCUAUAUACCCACUUCCUGAAUUCUAAAAACAAUGAUUUUUUUGUUUUGUUUUGAGAGGUUCUCUGCUAAUUUUCUCCAUUUGUGUUUGCCCUUGGUCUGUCUUCUCUCCCUCCUCAAACUUUAUCUCUAAGUCACUCACCAAUUUUGGCUUUCCAUUUUCCUCCUACUUUUUCACAUUUCUUAUUGUGAUUUACACAUAUAAAUUUUAAUUGCCCCAUACAACUACAAAAAAAAAAAAAUGUAAGGACCAUGACAGUGGAGUAGAUAUUAUCAUCCUGUUUGAUUCAUCAACAUUUAGGAGGUUUAGUGGGGUGGGUUUUUUUUUCUUUCUCUCAAAAAUAAAGGAAUUUUCAUAAGGCUAUCCUGUUACACUCCUAGUUGAGCCUGGCCUGGGGUUGGAGGAGUUUUUAGAGAACAUAUUGAGGUUAUAUAUGAGGGACUAAAUCCCUAUUAUACUCGUAGAAAUUCCUCUGAAACAGUUUGUGGGGAGGCACUGAAUUAUUAAGGGCUGAAUUUUAGUCGAGCCAAGGACUUAAGCCAAGCAACCUGAUGCUACAGGCAGUGCUUUGGCCAUAGAAUUUCCGCUUAUAACAAGAAUAUAACUGAUGGGCAGAGAUAAGUACAUAUCUCUUCAUGGAACUGACUUAUGUUCACUGCUCUUCUCUUUACAACUGGCUUCCUCAUUUCCCCAGAACUAUCCAUUUUCUCAUUUUCCUUGAGGACACUUCAGGUGGGGCAUUUGAGUCACAGUUAUCAGAUAGGAAUCUUGGCUUAGUCCCUAAAAUGCCAAGUCAGAUCUGACAUCCUGGGAUUCACAUGCUUCUCUGUUGAAUCAUUUACCAAACCCUCCAGAAAUUCUACUGUCACUAUGCUUUUUUUCAAUAAUUAAUCUCCAGUAAAUCACUAUACCCACUGAUAAUUUGGCUUUACUAACUUUAGUUGCCACACAAAACAUCUGGGAAUUUCUCUUCCAAUUCAGUAUAAAAAAUCAGUGGAUAUUAGUGAAGAUAAUUUACUAAAAUGACAGCAUGCAGUCUGGAUCUCAAUAUUAUGACAGUCCAAAAAAAAUAUUAUGACAGUCAACAUAACAGAUUUUAUCAAUUUGAUAUAUACUUCCUCACAUAAUUUUAUUUCCCACUUUUAUCACCAGCUCUGUUUUAUCCAUAUAAACUAAGGACAAUGAUAAGUAUUGGUAGUGUGUAGAGAUCUGGCACCGAUACAAUUGCAAGAAAGAACUAUUAUUAUUAUUAUUAUUAUUAUUACUGUCCUCCUAAAUAAUGUCUUGCCUAGAAGCAAAAUACAGGGCUAGUUUACAUUGUUCCCAUGAAACUCCAAACUAAUGAAAUGCGGUAAGUAAUAUGAAGAUGAGGUAAACUGUUCCUUAAAUCUGUCAACUCUUUUAAACUUAAAGCUCUGACUAAUUUUGAGUUCCAAGACACUAACAAUAGAAUUGUAAAUAAAGUGUUCUGAACUUUUCAAUUCAAAUUUGUAUGUCAAAGGAUACAUAACAUUAUAUUCUCUGUAUAAUGCAUGUUUGUAAUUCUGCCUUCCUCAUUUGCUAUUUAUCUAAUUAUUUAAGCAAAGUUUUCAUACACUAUGAGGUAUGUUUUCUAUGUAAUUUUAAGAUAUUUAGGGUUAACAUUUUAAUAUUAAGAUUCUGGGUUUUUUUAAUGAUCAGCUUGCAAAUUCUAUGUCAGUAAGUACUCUGAGUCUACAUGUUUGCUACACAUGGUGAAAUGAAGUUAGCUUUUUUUUUUCAGUGAGCUGAGUUAGGCAAGUGAAGGUAAGAAUGCACAGCUGCUUUGGGUCUUAGAUGCUCCACCCUGGAAUCUACCAUCUGCAUUCAAAGGUGACUGAUCGAUGGCCAAUGCUCCUUUGCACUAUUUGUAAUGUUUGCUUGUUGGUGUGGCUCAAGAAUCAAGAAAAGAGAUAAUUCAUGAAAAUAGCACCUUCUAUAGUCUUAUGCUUUUAUAAAGUACUUCGUUAAAGAAGUAUAAAAAUUUUCUAUGUAUUUUAACAUACAAACUGCUGCUUUUUAAUGUUCAUUUUUGGUAUAGCUCUAGUAAUUUAUGUCAUUUUUAUAUUCAUGUUUUCUAAAUGAUAUAAUCAUUAUUAAAAUAAAUGUCCAUGUAAAUGAAGUAACAUCACUAGAGAAUCAAUAGUAUAAGUACCUAGUACAUUGUUAACUUGUUUAGAUAUGAUUAAUAUAACUGUAAAUUUUGUACUGUUGAACUCAUUUAAAAUAGGGUUUAAUGAGAUUAUUUUUAUUUUUAGUGACUUCCUUCUAAAUAAUUUAACCUUACAUUGUUAAUAUGAUGAUUUUAAUAAAACCCCAACUGCUACAACAAAGGUUUGGCUAAGCUUAAAAAAUAAAAACCCACUUUGUAUGAAAGGUAAUCAUAUGCCCUGGAACUGAUAAAGGAAGGCCACAACAGUUAUGGUGAAGGGUGGGAAUCACAGGGAAACUCAUAUCUCUGUAAAGUAAAUAUCUUCUGAGGAAUUUUAGAGAGUAGAUGAGGCCUUACUGCAAGCAUUUGUUGUUCAUUAUAAUGCUUCAGAAUGUCAUAUUUAAUUGUACAGUGUAAAUAAGUAUUUUACUUUCCAUGCCAAUUUGUGAAACUAUUCCCACUUACUGGAUCUUUGUGACUGGCAAUUCUGUGUUGUUUUUCUGAAAUAAAUAAGCCAUAAAUACUUUUGUUAAAAGUAUCUUUUAUGUAGUUGUUCUCUAGGAAUGAAAUGUUACAAGGUCCAAAUUUAAAAUAAUGCUUGUGUUGAAAUAAAUGACUUAAACAGA